CAGAGAAACUGAAAGAUGGCGGUGUCCAUAGAUGAACUGAGAGCAGCUGCCUGUUUAGUAAUAUUAACUUUGCUAUGUAAUCCGACAAAUGGCGACGUUGCAGGAGGCGCUGCGGGAGCUACAGACGCGCCUCACCGCCGCUUUGAAUACAAGUAUAGUUUCAAAGGACCGCAUCUGUCUCAAAGCGACGGCAGUAUUCCUUUCUGGGUGCAUACUGGAAAUGCCAUCCCUAGCGCUGACCAGAUCCGCAUCACGCCCUCCCUGAGGAGCCAGAAGGGCUCGGUGUGGACGAAGAACACCGUGAGCUUCGAGAACUGGGAAGCCGAGGUGACGUUCCGCAUCUCCGGCCGUGGCCGAAUGGGAGCGGACGGACUGGCCGUCUGGUUCACAGCAGGACAGGGCCUGGAAGGACCCGUCUACGGCGCGGCCGAUUCUUGGAACGGAGUUGGAAUAUUUUUUGACUCUUUUGACAAUGAUGGAAAGAAAAAUAAUCCUGCCAUUCUGAUUGUUGGAAACAAUGGAAAACUUAUUUAUGACCAUCAGAAUGAUGGUUCAACUCAAGCCCUGGGAACAUGUCUAAGGGACUUCCGAAACAAACCCUACCCAAUCCGAGCCAAAAUUACAUACUACAAGAAGUCACUGACGGUUAUGAUCAAUAAUGGCUUCACCCCAGAUAAGGAUGACUAUGAGUUCUGCGCAAAAGUGGACAACAUGAUCAUUCCUCAUGAAGGCUACUUUGGCAUCUCUGCUGCCACAGGAGGCCUUGCAGAUGACCAUGAUGUGCUGUCAUUCUUGCUGUUCAGACUAACAGAGCCUGGACAACAGCUGCCACCACCUGAGGCUGAAAUUCCUAAAGAGGAGAAGGACAAGUAUCAGGAAGAAUUUGAGAACUUCCAGCAGGAGCUGGACAAGAAGAAGGAGGCGUUUCAGAAAGAACAUCCUGAUGUCCAGGGAGAGCCGGUAGAGGACGUUUAUGAGAGUGUGAACGACCGGGAGAUCCGGCAGGUGUUUGAGGGUCAGAACCGGAUCCACCUCGAGAUCAAGCAGCUCAACCGGCAGCUGGCCAUGAUCCUGGACGAACAGCGCCGCUACGUCUCCGUGGUGACGGACGAGAUUGCGAGGCGGGGAGCCGCCGCUGAGCCCGGACAGGUUCCCAGUCAACAUCUGGACACAAUAAUCACUACCCAACAGGAGGUGCUGAAGAAUCUGAAUGAUCUGAGAAACUCAUUCUCUGACACACUGAGACAAGUGGCCUCCGUCCAGCACCAGGGCAAUGCGGCUGGGGCCUAUGAGACUGUCCAGCACUUCAAUGACAUCAAGGAGCACCUGCACGUGGUCAAGAGGAGCGUCGAACACCUGGUCCAGCGCAACGGGGGCCCAAGUGAAAAGGUGAAGUGCCCUGAGCUGCCUCCAGUGCCUUCCUGUCUUUCCACCACACACUUCCUGAUCUUCGUGGUUGUACAGUCAGUCCUGUUCUUUGGCUACAUCAUGUACAGAAGUCAACAAGAAGCAGCAGCCAAGAAGUUCUUUUGAUGAAAAGUGUUUCUCUUUGGAAAGUUAUAAAAAUAUGUAAA